ACGCGUCUUGCUGAUAGGCCGGUGUGUUAGCGUUCUGCCUUGUGAUUGGCUAGUGAGUGUUGAGGGAAAAUUAAAUCAAAUGUUUGAACCACUGAGGAAACUGAAGGUGCCUAGUUUUCGUUGGUGUUUGUGUGAGUAGCCAUGGGGAUUUAGUUUGUCCUGUAACACGGUGAUUAGCUUGUUAAACCCAGCACUGAGUCUCUAUUAUUACCGCAGAGGAAGGAUGGGAGAUGUAGCUGAGAUCCAAAUAACCCCAGAAACCCCUGGGAGACCCGCCAUCCUCAACCCGUUUGAGAGUCCCACAGAUUACCACCGACUACACGAGUCUCUUGUGCCCAGUCCUUCUGUGUUCAGGUGCUCUCGGGCCUCUUCAGUGACACCAGCAAAGUUCAAAUGGUCCAUCGACGAAAUGGCAAACCUCCUCCCGGUGCACAUAGACCCUGAGGAUAUUCACCGCCAGGCUUUAUUUAUGAGCCAGAACAGGGCGGACGCCGAAAUCGAGCAAAAGCGUCAGAAUGCGAUCGAACAAUUUUUUACUAAAGAUGCUAUAGUUCCGUCGCCAUGGGGACCGCCGGCGACUAAACAGUCAGCGCUGCUGAGCCACGAGAAAAUUGCAGGUUUGUCUUCACCGCUUAUAACAGAGGAAAAUUCACCAGCAAAGAAAAUCCAUGCGACCUGUCAGACAGUUCUGUCUUUACCCGUGGACUUCAACAUUGAAAAAGUAUUAGGUGAUUACUGCAGGACGGACGACGUCUCGGAGCAGGUGCAGGAGAGCCUCAGCUCCUCUUCACUGAGGCGGAAGCUUUUCCUGGACGGCCAUGCAAGCGGCUCGGAUUCGUCCAGCCCUCCCAGCCCAGAGAGAGAGGGACACGGUGGGAGCAGAGAGAUGAUGUCUUCAGUCAUCGUGUCACCCAUGAAGUGUGGGAUCACAGCCACAACUCCUUCAUCUGGUCAGUUCUCCUCCAGUCCUAUACAGGAACGAGGGCGUGCUUACAGUCUCGGCAGCGUGACCAGCCCUAUGUUUCCAGAACUGUCAUCUCCUCGGUUUCAGUCCCCCACUGUGUCCCCUAUCGUCCUGCAGCAGUCAGUUACUCCUCAGUCAGGUGAGAGGAAGCGAUUGUCCUUCCUGUCUCCAGACGGUCUUCCUUCCUGUAGUCAGAACCUGGCAGUAAACCGGUGUGGUGAGAGCCCGUAUGUGGAGGGCUGUUCUCCCAUUCGCAGCUCAUCGCCUCUCCACCCUCACAACAGCAGAUCCUCCUUCAUCCUACAGGACAAGGAGGACAUCUUCCUCAGCGAGCCUUUACCUGUUAUGGAACUGGACUCCUGCUCCCCCGGGGUCCGGGCUGGGCACGGCGUGAGCCAGGAAUCCCUCCCCGAAGUGGAGAGAAUGGAGCAGAGCAAACCAACCGAGGACGAGCUGGGACAGCCUUCUCCUCGCCCAUUUCCAGAAGAAGAGGAGGAGGUAGAAGAGGUAGCAAGUGGAGAGGAGUUCUGUCGACUCAGCAGCUCGAGGACAAGGAGCACGUCCAAUACGGAGAGCACCCGUAUGUUCGUGUCACUGCUGGCUGAGGGGAGCAUGGCACCGUACGAUGCUAGCAUGCAGGUGGACAGCGGUUAUAACACGUACUCCACGUGCACCACCAGCCUAAUGGACGGCGUCUUUACAGACAGCCAGAGCAAGGAGCUGCAGGACACACACACGGCCGAGGUGGGACUCGUUCAUUCUAAACGCACUAAGUCGAAGCUGUUUUUGUCAUCCCACUGAACACGAUGGGACCGAUCAGGGACUCCACGUCUUUCACCUCCUCUGAAAGCUCAGAAGAACCGUUUGCGUGGUGCUUUUAUACUCAAUACCAUGCUGUUAUACAGUAAAUUUCUUGCACAGAUGCCUUUUAUCUUCAGCAUCAAGACACAAAGGAUGUUAAUGAACGUUAAAUUUACCUCAUGGAUGUUCUGUCAGGAACCGAGAAAACGUGACUUAAAUUGUGACCGAUGGAUAUAUACACUAACCUUUAUUUAAGUGUCUGAAUUCAUGAAUACAUACAUGUGCUGGCAUUAAUCAGUUUAUUUUUUUAAUUGAU